CGGUCCUGUUGUUCCCAGAAGGCUUUAAAAACACCGCCCAUCUUCCAGAGCUCACAACACGCUCUCAUCUCAGACCGAAGACACUGCACCUACUCACGAGGACAAGAGACAUCACCUGAGAACAUGGACCCUUGCGACUGCUCCAAGAGUGGGACCUGCAACUGCGGAGGAUCCUGCACUUGCACAAACUGCUCCUGCAAAAGCUGCAAGAAGAGCUGCUGCCCAUGCUGCCCAUCCGGCUGCACCAAAUGCGCCUCUGGCUGUGUGUGCAAAGGGAAGACUUGUGACACAAGCUGCUGUCAGUGAAGGGCCUGACCUCUGCCCGCUUCUGCCUUUGGGAUGGAGCCCUUAUGAACUACCUUGACUAAAUUUGCUGUUGUGAAUGUCUUCAGAUAAUAAUAAUUUUUUUGUACUUGUUUUCAAUGUCGAAAUAAAUUAAUUUACUUGA